AUGGCGCUACCAGCAAUCAAAUCCCUCGAGGACUGCUCAGACUGGUCCAAGGCUGCUGAGCCUUUCAUCCCACAGCUCCUCGAUCUUCCGCGCCGAAUCGCCGCGAGCCCUCAGUCUCUUCCUCAGAUUUACCUCGAGACGAACCCCCUCAUCUUCGCGUUCUUCUUCUCCCUCAUCAUCGGCUUCGUCGCGCUUGGUGUGUCUGAGUAUCACAAGAACUAUUCCCAGAUUGACAGGCUCUGGAGUCUUCUACCCAACUGGUAUAUUCUUCACAUGACUGCCUGGGCUCACUUCAAUGGUGUUCCUGCACAGAGGCUGGCAUUGGCCGCUGCCGCGACUACUCUCUGGAGUGCCCGAUUGACAUUCAACUACUGGCGCAAGGGCGGAUAUGAGCGAGGGAGUGAAGACUACAGAUGGGAAAUUGUCCGUAAAUAUGUCCCAGGCUGGGUCUUCUUUAUCUUCAACGUAACCUUCAUUUCCUUCAUUCAGUCCAUUCUCCUAUGCGCCUUCUCUGCAGCGCCGGCCUACUCCAUCCUUCUUGCCAGCCGCCUCGAACCGGAGGUCUCCGCCGCGGAUUGGUCUUUUUUCUCCAUCUUGGUUGGUCUCGUUCUGAGCGAGUUCAUCUCCGACGGCCAACAAUGGGACUACCAGACAGCCAAACACUCGUACCUGAAAGAUAGGAAAGUGCCCCGCGGCUGGGCGCAAGAAGAUCUCGAUCGUGGCUUCGUCACGAGCGGCAUGUGGGCGUACAGCCGCCACCCCAAUUUCUUCGCCGAGCAGAUGAUCUGGUUUGUACUCUACCAGUGGAGCUGCUACGCCACAAAGGUGCUGUACAGCUACACCUUCGCCGGCUCCGCGUUCCUCAUUAUGUUGUUUCAGGGCUCAACCUGGCUCACCGAGUUGAUUACCUCGGGCAAAUAUUCCGAGUACAGUGAGUACCAGAAGCAGGUCGGCAUGUUUAUGCCCUCGUCGUUCUGGGGUUACCGGAAGCCCCAGCCAAAGGUCAUCAGGACAAGCGAGCUAGCCAAGCGACAGGGCAAGAAGGACAUGUAG